AGCCCAAGUGUGGCUGCAACUUCCGCGGGGCGCUAGCUGGACGACACCGCAGCCCUCUCUGCUCCAAGUCACUGCCUUCCAGGGAGUCGUCAUGGGCUUCCAGAAGUUCUUCCCGAUCCUGGCUCUCAGCAUUUUGGUCCUGUACCAGGCAGGCAGCCUCCAUGCAGUGCCAUUCAGUUCCACCUUGGAGAGCAGCCCAGACCUGACCACACUCAGUGAAGAGGAAGCACGCCUCCUGCUGGCUGCACUGGUGCAGGACUAUUUGCAGAUGAAGGCCAGUGAGCUGCAGCGAGAGCAGGAGACAGAGGACUCCAGCCUGGACAGCCCCAGAUCUAAGCGGUGUGGUAAUCUGAGUACCUGCAUGCUGGGCACGUACACGCAGGACCUCAACAAGUUUCACACAUUCCCCCAAACUGCAAUUGGGGUUGGAGCACCUGGCAAGAAAAGGGAUAUGACCAGCGACUUGGAGACAGAGCACCGCCCUCAUGUUGGCAUGCCCCAGGAUGCCAUCUGAACUCCCCUUCUCCUUUAUAACUUUCUUUCUUGCUUUAUUCCUAUAACUUGAUGCAUGUGGUUCUUCUCUGCUUGCUCUUCAGGCUGUUAAUGGUAGCUUUUCUAUGGCAGAGGAUGUCUGGAACCUCGGGUGGGCAGAGAGAAGGGAGAACUCACAAUCUGGAAAAGAAUCAACCAAGAAGAUAUCAGAGCAGGGGCAGUUCUCUGAGGGCCCUGGUGAUUUCAUAGCAAAACUUUUCAGUCCUGCUUCUGAAUGUGCGGAUCAUUUGGGAAAUAAAAAUAUUUUUCUAAAAAGACUUGAGCUGUGGUGGUCAUUGCUCUAGCCUGCAUCUCAGGUGCCAUGGUGUUUAGGACCUGUGCUUAGAAGUAGUCUUAGCCCUGGGGUAACUGGACACAGGGUGUGGUGAUUGGUUACUGUAACUCAUCUCAAGCAGCAAGAACAAGGGCACUAAGGAGCAGGUAAGCACCUGUAGGA